AUGGAGGCUACGCGAAAGAGAUUUCGCCCCCUGGGUAGCGUCGCGCUCGCGAUUUUCUUUGUCACGGCGCUUUUGGGAAGCUGGAUAGCGCUUCCAACAGAGUGUGUCACUUCAGACAAGACACCCGAUACUCGGCCGCUAAAGUACCCAUAUCCAGUGACACCGCAGAAACUAAAUAGAAACGCGACGUACAACAUAGGCGGCCAGUUGUAUCUGUACACUUACAGAAGCAAAGAUGGAUCAUUUAACUUCAGUCCAGUAGCUGGUGGAAACCGGUUGAACGUCAUGUCCCUCGAUAAUGUUGAAGUACAGGACGAUCCUCUGGCACAGGCCAUUGAAGACGCCAGGGCAAUAGGGGAUUUGGUGGAGAAGGCAAAGGACAUGAGGACUGACCUUGGCCAGACGGUAGAUGAAUUCAUAUCUGGAGGCCAGAACUUGACGACACGUUUGAAAGAGGCGCUGGAUAAUAAAGAUCUCGCAGGUGUGGAACAAACUGAAGAGGACUUUCGUAAUGACUUUACUAGAUUGAUCAAGGUUCACAAGUUUAUCUCGAACGUUCAGGGGGAGAUGAUGGCAAUUCUUGAACGCGGCAAAGGACUCCUGACACGCUUGGAAGCGACCGCACGAACCCUGGUUGAUAAUGAGGUGCUGCAGAAGGUACUGCGGCUGUACAAGACUCAACUGCAGAAUGAGACUACAGCGUCGGAGCGUGAAAGGGCCUCGACGGAAGCAUUCAUCUUGCAGUCGAACGAUGCGAUGAUUCAGUUGCAGAGGGAGUUCCACGAGGGUAUGGAAACGCUAGCCAAGCACAAGGAAAUCCUUCAGAAAAUUGAUGACCUGAGCAAGUCCCUGAAUGACUUCGAAACGAUAAAGGAACAUAUGUUGGCGACAUUGACAAACGCUAAUGAUCUCAAGGUCCGAGCGGCUGAGGCAGAGGGCGCCGGCGACCAAGUACUCGUCAGAGUCGAGGCUCUCGCGAAUGCAUACGCCCGUUCUGCGAUGGCGGUUAGUGAUGCGGUGACCAAGGUUAGAGAUGUCAAAGCAGCACUUAGGAGGGACCUUGAUGAAGCCGAAAACGAGCUGAGGAGCACUCCAAACUCGCAGUCAUAUGCAGCGGCUGAAGAGGCUCUGCACACAGUGCAUUCUCGCUUGCAACAGUCUGCUACUGCAGUGGCGGCGACAAUUCAGGAAUGCAGCAAGACGCUCGAGGAAGUAAAGGAACUUUUGGAUAGAUGCAGGAAGAACAAUUCAGAGAAAAUCAAAGUGAAAAUGGAUGAAGGUUCAAAAUUGAUACGGAUCGCAUCGCACUUCGUGGGGCCCUCGCAGGCUGGGAGGCUCGAUCAGUUGCAGAGACAACUUGAAGAGCAAACUGAGCAACUAAAGGAGCUGGCUGCAGUUGUUGACAACAAUUUUGAGGAUUUCCCACGCAUUGCAGCUGUUGCUGUGACUGCACAGAGUACAGCUGCCGCUCUCGAUGAAUUUGAAAUUCAGAUCAAACCCUCUGCGGAUAAGCUUCACGAGAGGCAACAGCUAGUGCUCGAGCAAUUGGAGCAGCUACAAGAUGCUUCGGACGCUCCACAGAGUCGGUUGCAGAUUGGAUCUAGGAUUACAGAGUUGAAGAGGAGUUACGAUAGCAUCGAACGUUUUGUCAAGAGAGCGUCUUCGGCUGAGAUUAGAGACGAGUUCAAGCGGUCCUUGCUGGCACUAGUUCGCAAACCGUUAGCCGGUGCGGCUGGAAAUAUUGGGGAUGCGAGGAGAAUGGGAGAAUUGGUGGCUGAUUUGAACGCAGAGCUCACGCAGGAACUGGAAUCGUUCCGUCGCGUUAUAACGGAAAGCCAAGAUGAAGCAGAGGACUUGCUGAAUGGCAGUAGCGGACAGGGAGGGGAAGAACAAAACAACGGUUUUCCGGAUGAUCCCAAAGUUUUAAACGAGUGGCUGCAUGUUCGCCGAAGACAGAUGCAAGCCGUUAAGAAGUUCCAGGCAAAUGCAGAAACAGCGAAAGUACAGUCGGAGAACGGUGUCGCUGAUAUGGAGAAGGAGAUCGGAGAUACACGGAAGAUGAUCGCCGCUAUCCGGGAGUGCUUAUCUCAUAAAGGCAUUGCUGAUGUCAUUGACGAACUCGGUACCCCAUCUGGUGAUGCGUCCUACAGUCACGAACUUCUCGAGGAGUCUCAAAAGCUGGAAAAAGUCGCUGAGCAGUUACAGGAGGAAGCUCAGAAAAUCCGGGACGGAGUCAGGCAGCGGGAACAGCUCGUUGAGCAAGAGUGGGCAAGCCUACGGGAGAAGUCGUUUGUGUUCGUCCCCCAGUUUAUGGAGCUGCUGAAAAAGCUUGUUGAUGAGGCUAUAAAAGAGAGCGCUAAUCUGGAGAAGAUGCUUGCUAAUGUGGAGCGGCUGGCGCACAAUUCUAAGGAAAGACGUAAUGGUCGCCCUGUGACCCCGCCACCAACUGAUGGGACUGUAACGGAUGAGGACGCAUCUGCGGAGGCAGACAUGGAUGCGGACGCCUUCUUCCGCGUGGCUACUGAGCGCAACAACGAGCUACAAGCUAGUCUUGGAGAGUACGCACAUAGGCUUGCCACAAUAAAGGAUGACAUUGAUUACAUCAGGGAGCUGUUGCAAGUUACCACUCCGGUCGCGCGGGAAAGUGGUGGAGGACAAAGCGGAAGACGACUGUCCUCAUCCAACGUGCUGACGCAGGAGCAAAUUGAGCAGUACCUUGAAGAUUUGGCACUGUUUGGGGAUACGGUAGCUAAGGAGGAGCGGAAGAUAAAAGAUAUGACAGAGAGAGCUCGUACGGCAUUGGCUGCUGCUGAGGAGAUGCCUCAGAGAGCAAGAGCAGGAGGUGAACAAACCCCAGGAGAUGGCAAGAAAGAUACCGGGUCGAAUCAGGGGCUUCUUCUUGGCGUUGGUUUAGGGGUCGGAAUUCCUCUUGCGAUCGCUGGUGUAGCUAUGUGCGGGUACUACGAGCGGAAGAAACGCCGAGGUGCAUCAUCAAACACUCAAAGCGAUGAGAAUCCAUCUAGUGUUGAUGGUAUGGGAUCCGAGAUGUCUCAUGCUGGGAAAACAGCAGGGGGGACGCACUUGGAGAGCAUCGUGGUCCCCAGCGCCGAGUUCGGCGAUCCAGAAACAGCGUUCUCUGGCAUUGAGCCGCCGGAAAUAGCAGGAGUUGUUACUUUGGACACACUUAUGACUCCCGAGGCAGGGGAACCAGAUACAACGCACAUGCAAUAUAUGAUCGAAGAGCACCACACCGUCGCUCGCAACAUCAGCAGCGCGUCGGCUAGCGAUUUCCAUCUGGCAGACUUUCCCACUGCCAUUAUCCGCGAGCAUCGUGUUCAGCCAAAUUAA